AUGUCUCCCAUCCACGUUGGUUCUCUGGUCUUCGACUUCCAGACGAUCGACGUUCUCGGGCCAUUCGAUCUGCUCAGUUCCGCGAGUAGAAUGCUCAUGGAGGGUAUCAAUGUCUACACCCCGGUGGAUCCAGAACUCAUCGCAAAGGCACCCGAUUUUGUCUUCCACCAUAUCGGAGAGACCAUGGAGCCGGUGCACCUGCUUACAAGCACUGUAACAAUGGUCCCUACGGUGACUGCGGAUGACGCCCCCGAGUUGGAUAUCCUCCUUGUCGGUGGGGAUAUCCCUGCGAAAACCAAUCUUCCUCCGAAGUUGCAGGACCUUAUUCGCCGCCAUGCUGCCUCCGGAAAGCUACUGUUCACGACCUGCACCGGCGCCGCCGUUGUUGCGGCCACCGGUGCUCUGGAUGGCCGGAGGGCUACAGUCAAUAACCUCGAGUACAAUUGGGUCAAGAAGAGAUACCCGAAAGUCAAUUGGACGAAGGAGAAGAAGUGGAUUAUUGAUGGUAAUAUUUGGACUGGGAGUGGAGCUGUGGCGGGGAUGGACAUGGUUGCACACUGGAUUAAAGAGACUUUUGGACUGGACAUUCUUAUUCAGGCGGGUUUGUCGCUUGAUUAUGAACCACGGGAUGUUGAUGGGCUUUUCAAUGUCUUGCCUCAGCGAUACGAUUCGGCUGGAAAUAAGAUUUCCACUCAUGUCUUUCCCGACGAGAUCUGA